AUGGCCUCGAAUUGCGCGGGGGGAUCGGCGGCGGGGAGCGGCGGAGCGGCUCUGGGCUCGGCACUCAGCGCCAGCAAAACCAAGACCAAGAAGAAACACUUCGUGUGCCAGAAGGUGAAGCUGUUCCGGGCUUCGGAGCCGCUGCUCAGCGUCCUCAUGUGGGGGGCCAACCAUACGAUCAACGAACUCAGCAACGUUCCUGUCCCUGUCAUGUUGAUGCCUGAUGAUUUUAAAGCCUACAGUAAGAUCAAGGUGGACAAUCAUCUGUUCAACAAGGAAAACUUGCCCAGUCGCUUUAAAUUUAAGGAGUAUUGUCCUCUGGUGUUCCGAAACCUCCGGGAAAGGUUUGGGAUUGAUGACCAGGAUUACCAGAACUCGGUGACACGAAGUGCCCCAGUGAACAGCGACAGCCAGGGCCGAUGUGGGGCCCGGUUCCUCACCACCUAUGACAGGAGGUUUGUCAUUAAGGCCGUGUCGAGUGAGGAUGUGGCAGAGAUGCACAACAUCUUAAAGAAGUACCACCAGUUCAUAGUGGAGUGCCAUGGGAACACCCUUCUGCCCCAGUUCCUCGGCAUGUACCGGCUCACCGUGGAUGGAGUGGAAACCUACAUGGUGGUUACCAGAAAUGUGUUCAGCCACAGGCUGACAGUGCACCGAAAAUACGACCUGAAGGGCUCAACAGUGUCCAGGGAAGCAAGCGAUAAGGAGAAGGCCAAGGAUUUGCCGACGUUCAAGGACAACGACUUCUUGAAUGAGGGACAGAAGCUGCAUGUUGGGGAAGAGAGCAAAAAGAACUUCCUGGAGAAGCUGAAGCGGGACGUGGAGUUCUUAGCUCAGCUGAAGAUCAUGGACUACAGCCUGCUGGUUGGGAUCCACGAUGUUGACCGAGCAGAGCAUGAAGAGAUGGAAGUGGAGGAUCGGGCAGAGGAUGAGGAGUGUGAGAAUGAUGGCCUGGGAGGGAACCCCAUCUCCUCGUAUGGAACCCCCCCAGACAGCCCUGGCAAUCUCCUCAAUUACCCUCGCUUCUUUGGGCCUGGAGAGUUUGAUCCCUCUGUUGAUGUCUACGCCAUGAAAAGCCACGACAGUGCCCCCAAGAAGGAAGUGUACUUCAUGGCCAUUAUAGACAUCCUUACACCAUAUGAUGCAAAGAAGAAAGCUGCACACGCUGCCAAAACAGUGAAACAUGGGGCUGGGGCAGAGAUCUCCACCGUGAACCCGGAGCAAUACUCCAAACGCUUCAAUGAGUUCAUGUCCAAUAUCCUGACAUAGUCAUCUUCAGCCUUCAGAGGAACGCGAGGAGAAGAGGGGCUACUUCCCAGAGGAGAACGCAGCCUGUGACACUAAAACAGACUCUGUAGCAGCAUGUGGGGUGUGUGAGUGAGUGAGUGAGUGAGUGAGUGGCACUGCGUGACUUCAGAGACAACGUAUUUUCAGUGCACCCCUCCGACAGCCCACAUCGGCCAGGUGGGAGAAAAGGGGGGAAG